AUCGUAUACAGAAUUUUUCAUAAAAUUGCACGUAAACUACAACAAUUUACAACGCGAUAAUUUUUACAUUUCUGUCGGAAAAAAAGAGAUUUUCGCUGUGUCAGACGCGUGAUUAAUCGUAAAAUUAUACAAGAGAAUAACGAUGAUUUCGUAAGAAUAACUUCCAGUAUUUUCUAUUCAGCAUUUCUGUACUAUUUGUAAAUAAAAUAUCAUGGAUCCUAUUCACCAGAAUAUUAUAUACGUACUCGCCGGAGUACUUCUUUUCGUGAUAAUAAAGUUGAUCAUAUAUUUAGUCAAGAAACACCGCCGUUAUCAAGAGGUAUUAUUUAUGGGCUCCAGUAAUAGUGGCAAAACCGUACUGUUUUCCAAUUUAAUAUACAAUAGGAUCGUAUCAACGUACACGUCUAUGGUAGAAAACAAAGGAUCGUAUAAAAGUGCCAAGCACGAGAUCAAAAUAACUGAUAUUCCAGGCAAUGAAAGAGUACGUGGGAGGAUUUUCGACGAACAUAAAGGUUUCGCUCAAGGUAUCCUUUUCAUGAUCGAUUCCGAGGGAAUUCAAACCGAAUUACGUGAAGUGGCAGAAUUGCUAUUCAGCGUUCUGACUGAUCCAGUUGUACGUUCUAAUUGUAAAGAAGUUUUGAUCGUUUGUAAUAAACAGGAUUUACCUCUUGCCAAAGGAACUACCGUUAUUCAAAUGUUACUCGAAAAAGAAUUGAAUAUGUUGAGAAGUUUGAAAGGAAAACAAUUAGAUACGACAAGUAACGAAUCCGGUAAAAAGAAACGACCUUAUCUGGGAAGUAGGAAAAAAGAUUUCGAAUUUUCUCAUUUGAAACCAUUGAGUGUUUCAUUCGCUGAAGCUAUUUCAUACGGUACUAGUGAAAAUAUACAAUUAGACGAAGUCAAGCAAUGGUUACAGAAAUUUUAACUUUGUAAAUAUGUAAAUCUAACGAAUCAUGUGGAUAAUGUGUUGUAGUUGCUGUAUUAAUUUUGUACUUCGAAUUAAUCUUUUAAGUGGUGUCUUCUUCUUUUUUUUACGUCAAUUUAUAGAAGUGUUUAUAACAAUAAGAAAACUGUAUUUAUUGAAAAUGACAAUGGUAACGAUGAGUAAAAAAUGUAUAAAAAUAUAUAUAUUAUUAUGAGA